AUGCAGCGCACAAUCGCUUAUCUGCAGCAACGGGGAGAAGAGGGGCUACUCUACGAAGGCGGAGAAGAGACAAUGGAGCUAAUCGGAUAUGCUGAUGCAUCUCAUGCAUCAGACAAGAAGGACCGGAAGGGAGCUUAUGGAUACGUCUUUCUCCUGGGCGGGACAGCAAUCACUUGGCAAGCAAAGAAGCUAAACGACAUUGCACUCUCGAGCGCGGAAGCGGAAUACAUGGCGUUAUUCUAUGCCUGUCAAGAAGGAGUAUGGCUUCGGCGUUUGAUGCAAGAAAUGGGGAUACACAUUGCAGGACCAACUACCAUCAGAUCGGACAGCAAAUCGGCCAUAGCAUUGGCGAAAAACGACAACUGGCACGGACGUACAAAGCACAUGGACAUCAAAUACCAUUGGGUGCGUGAACAGCUGGAGAAAAAGGCAUUUACCUUUGAGUUCGUACGGACAGAAGAUCAAGCAGCCGAUUUCCUUACGAAGGUCCUUCCGAAGGCUAAUUUCGAGCGCUGCAACGGCAUCGCUGCCAAACUGCAUCGUCCGCACUCACUCCCCUUCCGUCGCAAACGCGAAGUCCCUCCCGUCGCCCACGCGGAGUCCCCUAGAACAAGCGCGCUCACACCCCUCCGUCGCCCACGCUCACUCCCUCCCGUCGCCCACGCUCACUCCCUCCCGUCGCCCACUCUCACUCCCGCCCGUCGCCCACGCUCCCUCCCUUCCCGUCGCCCACGCUCCCUCCCUUCCCGUCGAUCCCUCCCUUCCCGUCGCCCACGCUCCCUCCCUUCCCGUCGCCCACUCUCCCUCCCUUCCCGUCGCCCACGCUCCCUCCUUCCCGUCGCCCACGCUCCCUCCCUUCCCUUCGCCCACGCUCCCUCCCUUCCCGUCGCCCACGCCUCCUCCCGUCCCGUCGCCCACGCUCCCCCCCUUCCCGUCGCCCACUCUCACUCCCUCCCGUCGCCCACACUCCCUCCCUUCCCGCCGCCCACGCUCCCUCCCUUCCCGUCGCCCACGCUCCCUCCCUUCCCGUCGCCCACGCUCCCUCCUUCCCGUCGCCCACGCUCCCUCCCUUCCCGUCGCCCACGCUCCCUCCCUUCCCGUCGCCCACGCUCCCUCCUUCCCGUCGCCCACGCUCACUCCCUCCCGUCGCCCACUCUCACUCCCUCCCAUCGCCCACGCUUCCUCCCUUCCCGUCGCCCACGCUCCCUCCCCAUCCCUCACCUCCCCAUCCCUGCUGCGGUUGCUGUAAACGAUGCGGAAACCCGCCCUGUGUCCCCCUCCCUGCGUCACCAUCCCCGCCUCUCCCCCGUCAACCCCACCCCAUCCCAUGCCACUAGGGACGGGGUGGACGCGGGGCAGAGGAGUGUGGGCGUGCAACCUGCCGCAACACCCCAUUCCGCCUCACCCCAUUCCGCCCCACCCCAUUCCCCCUCACUUCUCUGGUUUUCCUCUCCCUCUCCCCUCCCCUCUCAUUCCUUACCCUGCUCUCUCUCCACUCCCUCCUCCCUUUCCACUCGCCCCGCCACUCCUGCCGUGCUUAUCCCUCACCCCAUUCCGCCUCACCCUAUUCCGCCUCACCCCAUUCCGCCACACCCCAUUCCGCUCCACCCCAUUCCGCUCCACCCCAUUCUACCCAAGCCCCCUUGUCGCGCACCCUACUUCCCUCCGUCUCCCCAUCCCUCCUCUCCCCAUCCCUCCUCUCCCCAUCCCUCCUCUCCCCAUCCCUCCUCUCCCCAUCCCUCCGUCUCCCCAUCCCUCCUCUCCCCAUCCCUCCUCUCCCCAUCCCUCCUCUCCCCAUCCCUCCUCUCCCCAUCCCUCCUCUCCCCAUCCCUCCUCUCCCCAUCCCUCCUCUCCCCAUCCCUCCUCUCCCCAUCCCUCCUCUCCCCAUCCCUCCUCUCCCCAUCCCUCCUCUCCCCAUCCCUCCCCUCCCCAUCCCUCCUCUCCCCAUCCCUCCUCAUACCAUCCCUCCUCUCCCCGUCCCUCCUCUCCCCGUCCCUCCUCUCCCCCUCCGUCCUCUCCCCAUCUCCGCCCCACCCAAGCCCGCUUUCCCCCAUCUCCGCCCCACCCAAACCCGCUUUCCCCCAUCUCCGCCCCACCCAAGCCCGCUUUCCCCCAUCUCCGCCCCACCCAAACCCGCUUUCCCCAUCUCCGCCCCACCCAAGCCCGCUUUCCCCCAUCUCCGCCCCACCCAAACCCGCUUUCCCCCAUCUCCGCCCCACCCAAGCCCGCUUUCCCCCAUCUCCGCCCCACCCAAACCCGCUUUCCCCCAUCUCCGCCCCACCCAAGCCCGCUUUCCCCCAUCUCCGCCCCACCCAAACCCGCUUUCCCCCAUCUCCGCCCCACCCAAGCCCGCUUUCCCCCAUCUCCGCCCCACCCAAGCCCGCUUUCCCCCAUCUCCCCCCCACCCAAGCCCGCUUUCCCCCAUCUCCGCCCCACCCAAGCCCGCUUUCCCCCAUCUCCGCCCCACCCAAACCCGCUUUCCCCCAUCUCCGCCCCACCCAAGCCCGCUUUCCCCCAUCUCCGCCCCACCCAAACCCGCUUUCCCCCAUCUCCGCCCCACCCAAGCCCGCUUUCCCCCAUCUCCGCCCCACCCAAGCCCGCUUUCCCCCAUCUCCGCCCCACCCAAGCCCGCUUUCCCCCAUCUCCGCCCCACCCAAGCCCGCAUUCCCCCAUCUCCGCCCCACCCAAACCCGCUUUCCCCAUGGGGAUGCGAGGCGAUGGGAGAUGAGGGCAGGGGAGAUGAGGGAUGGGGAGGGGAGAUAA